AUGGCUGAUAAGGUUAGAUACUAUCUUGAACAGUCCGUUCCAGAAUUAGAAGACCUCAAGAAGAAAGGUCUUUUCGACAAGAAUGAAAUCACCAUGAUAAUGAGAAGACGUACUGAUUUUGAGCAUCGUAUUCAAGGUCGUGGAAGUAAACCAAGAGAUUUCCUCAAAUAUGCCGAAUUCGAAUCAAAUCUUGAAAAAUUACGUAAGAAAAGAUACAAUAGAUUGAAUAAAGUUGGAUUAGUUGAUACUAAACCUAGUAUCAGUGAUUGGGCUGGAGUUCGUCGUAUUAUGUUUAUUUUUGAUCGUGCAACUAGAAGAUAUCCUGGAGAAACGGAAUUAUGGUCACAUUAUUUGAAGUUUGCUAAAAGCAAUGGUGCAAUUAAGGUGAUCUAUAAGGUAUACUCUCGUUUAUUGCAAUUACAACCGAGAAAUAUUGAUGCUUGGUUAUCUGCUGCCAAGUAUGAAUUUGAAGUGAAUGCAAAUGCUAAAGGUGCCAGACUUUUAUUUCAACGUGGUCUUAGAUUAAAUCCCGAAUCAUUAGAAUUAUGGUUAAGUUAUGCUCAAUUUGAGUUGACUUAUAUUUCCAAGUUAUUGGCAAGAAGAAAAGUUUUGGGAUUGCUUACUGAAAAGCAACAAAGAGAUGAGCAAGAAAGUGAACAAGCUAAAUUGGCUAAAGCAAUUACUGAAUCUGCUUUAGGUGACGGAGAUGCUGAAUUCAAUAAUGACAAGAUUGAGUUACCAAGUACUGAGGAAAUGAAAGAUCAAUUACAUCAUUUACCAGAAGCUGAUAUGAAUAUGUUAGGUAACCCAGAAACCAACCCUGCAUUGAAAGGUGAUGUCGCAUUAACAAUCUUUGAUCUUUGUAUUCCAAGUAUUCUUAAGACUAUUCCUAAGUAUUCCACUGUUAUCAAACCAGAAGACAAGGUCUUUGAGAUUGUGGAAAGGUUUUUAUCUAUUAUUGAUAAGUUUGAAGAUUUGAAUAGAGAUUACAUGUACAUGCAUAUAUUAAACUAUCUUCAAAGAGAAUAUUCAAGUGAUUUAAGAACCUUACUAAUUGAUAUCAUCUUACCAAUUAGAAAUGUCACUGUUGUAAGUGAAAAGUUGGCAGAAGCAUUACAAUUAUCAGUUAAUAAAUUUAUGGCCUACAAGUUAAAAUUAAAAGAUUUAUCAGAUAAGGAUACAUUAACAAAUAUGUUUGUGAAUCAACUUAACAACCAAUUCUUGAUCCAUGAAAGUCAUGAGCAUCAUUCUGAAAAGGUGGAUGCUUUAUUAAAGGCAAUUAUUAAAAAAUGUCGUACUACCUAA